AUGGGUGUGUGGCCGCUGCUCCUCGUGGUGCUCCUGUCCAGCCCGGGGCUCAGGCUAGGGAAUGGCCAGCCUGCUGGCAUGGUUCAGCUGCGAGGUGGGAGAUUCCGGAUGGGAACAAAUGCUCGGGAUCGCAGAGCUGGCGAGGGGCCUGUCCGGGAAGUGUCCGUGAGCCCUUUUGCCAUCGACAUAGUUCCUGUCACUAACAAAGAUUUCAGGGAGUUUGUAAGGGGCACGAAGUACCGGACAGAAGCGGAGACAUUUGGGUGGAGCUUUGUCUUUGAGGACUUGGUCUCCCAGGAGCUCAAAAACAAGACAACCAGGCGGUUAAAGAAUCUUCUCUGGUGGCUUCCUGUGGAAAGGGCAUUUUGGAGGCAGCCUGCAGGUCCCGGCUCUGGCAUCAGAGAGAAAUUGGAGCUCCCUGUGCUUCACGUGAGCUGGAACGAUGCUCGUGCCUACUGCGCUUGGCGAGGGAAGCGGCUGCCGACGGAGGAAGAGUGGGAGUUUGCUGCUCGAGGGGGCCUGAAGGGCCGGGUUUACCCAUGGGGGAACAAAUUCCAGCCCAACCGCACCAAUCUGUGGCAGGGAAAGUUCCCUACAGGUGACACAGCUGAGGACGGCUUCCACGGAGUCUCCCCUGUGAAGGCUUUCCCCCCACAGAAUGACUACGGGCUCUACGACCUCGUGGGUAAUGUGUGGGAGUGGACAGCAUCCACAUACCCGGCCGCUCACGAGGACAUGCGUGUGCUCCGGGGGGCGUCCUGGAUUGACACGGCCGAUGGCUCCGCCAAUCACCGGGCCCGGAUCACCACCAGGAUGGGCAACACUCCAGAUUCAUCCUCGGACAACCUCGGCUUCCGCUGUGCUGCCAAUGCCGGCCGGCCCCCGGGAGAGCUGUGAGCAGCCAUGCCAAGAACCGGAAGGAGGUCCCCCAGGAUACCUGUGUCAUUCAUUCAUUACACAGCCACACGCCAGGC